UAUAAAUUAAUACCUUCGAUAAUUUUUCAAUUAUUUCAAUAAUGUAUAACGUACAUGGAAUACGAUAAAAUAAUAAUUGAAUUAUAGCAGAUUUUUGUUUAAAUAUUGUAUAGAAUAUCGGGAACUUAAUUUUAUCCACGGACGCGAAUUUUAAAGUAGUAGAAUCAUCGAUAGCUCGUAGGUUUCCACGACUAUCAAAAUGCAGUAACCUCUCCACGUGAGAUAAAUAAAUGAUAAAUAAUAUCGUGGAAAAAAUCUCGUUUUCUGAGAGAAGGAACGAUCGAGUAAAACUUGAACGAUCCUAUAUACAUAUACGUUGGCAGGGAACGCUAUAAUACAAUCGCAUUACGCACGCGCGCAACCCUUACGAUUCCAAAGCGGAUAAAGUGGCUGUUGGUGUGGCGGGAGUGUCAGUCGCUAUGCGCUUAUACGUGAGUACGUUAAGUGCUUUUUCCCAUUGAUCAUUUCUCUCUCUCUCUCUUUCUUUCUCUUUCUCUCUCUCUCUUUUUAUGUCUUUUGUUAUCUUUCUCUGUCUCUUUCAUAUACACACUCGGUCAUUCGUCUGCGUGAUCGAAAUGCAACCCUAAGCGGCCUCGAUUCUAACGUAUUAUAAUAUCAUUGUGAUACGAUAAAGACAAAAAUCAGGAAGAGAAAAAAAGAUUAAAAAGAUAACCACGUGAAGCUCGAUUUUUUUCUUUUGUUUUUUUUAUUUUUCUUUUUUUCUUUUUUUUUUUUAAUUCGCAACGCCUGUGUUCUUUUAUGCGAUGGACGAAGAUUAUACGAAAAAAUUUCCACACAUCGACGAAACGAUCGUAACUCCACGCGAUCUCUCGCAGAAUGGAUAUAAGCUCUUUGAUACCAGCUGGACUUCAAAGCGGACAGACUAACUUGCCGGAUAUUCCGUUACCCGGUUAUAACAAGUUUUCCGAAAAUUUGCGAAAGUUUACGCCGCAGGCAAUACAGUGUGCCAUUUUUUGCGGUGGAUCCAGAUGCAAGUAUGAAAAUCCAAAAGCAUGGCCACCGGUUCACAUGGCGAUACAAAACGUCUUUUCGCACUGGGUGACAGACGAUGUUUUAGCCAUGGCACGACCAAAUACAGGACAAAUAAUAAAGGAAAACAUAAUUGGCCAAUUUCAGAAAUGGAGUAUAAAAACCAUAAUAAACUUGCAAACACCGGGUGAACAUGCAAGUUGCGGGGGACCUCUCGAAAAGAGUGGCUUCACCUACGAUCCUAAUAUUUUUAUGAAGAACAAGAUUUAUUAUUACAAUUUUGCUAUGAAGGAUUAUGGCGAAGCGACGAUGGCAAAACUUUUGGAUAUGGUCAAGGUCGUAGCCUUUGCCGUGCAAGAAGGAAGAGUGGCGAUUCACUGUCAUGCUGGUUUAGGUAGAACAGGUGUUCUGAUCGCAUGUUACCUGAUUUAUAAUCUACGAGUGAGAGCAAACGAUGCCAUAAGAUUCGUUCGCAUGAAGCGACCGUGUGCGAUUCAGACACGAGGACAAAUAAUUUGUGUUCAGGAAUUUGAACAUUUCGUGUUACCACAAAUGAUAGUUUAUCCAUUAAACAGCACGAUCGGCGAUAGAAAAGCAUGUAGUCUUCAAUCGUAUCUGAAACGACAGCAUAAUGUAUUGCAUGGUUACGAGCAACGUACUUUUAAACAUAUACCAAAGAUCGUCUUCACUAUUUGCGAACGUAUUCUACAGCUUUGCGAUUGUCAAGAAGAUAAUUCGCCAUGCGAGAUCGAGUACAAAGUUUCGAGUAUACCGUUUACACGAAAAUUUAUUUCAUAUUUAUUAGAAAAGUUACGAGAGAACGGAGGAAACAUAAGACAUUCUUACUCCUGGACCGAAUCUCUAGCCGAUUCGUCGCUCGAUUAUUCGGCUUCUACGAAAGUUAGAGCAGGUAGCAGCGUAGAAACGUCGCGAGAUACGAUAGAUGAUAUUGAAAGAUUGAGCGACGUAUUUUGCACGUCGCCCGACACUCCUUCUUGUGAUUCAGCUUAUACGGGUUUGGACGACAAUUGUGUCGAUGAUGUUUUAGCUGAUGGUAUUCACGGGCAAGAUCUUAUUGAUAAUGAUUGUUACAAAGAGAUACAAUCACAAAUCGAUCUAAAGGUUGCCGCGAGUAAUGAAAUAUUUCGAAAGAUUAAUAUCGAUGAGGUUGUUAAAGCGUUGAUUAAAGAUUCUACAUGUUUGUGCGAUAAAAUGAAAAAAUUUUUACAACAAUAUCAGAUGGAUUUGAAUAAUCGUUGUACAGCAUGGCAACGUUUGGAACUCGAAACUGAUCUCGAUGUUUUAUUUGGUCUUUUAUUCGAAUGGUUAGAGACGACAUUGAAACAUCCUAUUCUCGAUAUGGAUAGUCUGAGUUAUAUCGUCGUUUGGAGUUCGAAACCAGAACGAUGUUUCGAAAAGAUACCUAGUUCUAAUAGAUAUCUUUUGGAAUAUCUUUUAAGAUUCGUUUCUCGUUUGAGACCAAUGACUGGUGAAAGUCAAUGUCUCGUAACGAGAAGAUUCGUCGCUUCUAUGACGCAACAAACUGUUUGGAUGAAGAAUUCUUUUCGACCUUCGAAUAAGAAUUUUCCGAAGCUACGACGUGGCACGGCUGGCAAGAUAAAUGAAUUUUUUAUACGAGCGAUGAACUUGAUAGAAGAAAUUAAUACUCAAGAAAUGAGUAGACCAACGUGGAUGUCGAGAUGGGAACUAGUAUCGAGACAAUUAAAUAAAUUGGAUGAAGGGGAGAAAGAGAAAUGAUAAAGAAAUUAAGGCUUGUAAAUGUGACUUUAAUGACAGAUCUCUAUAUGCUGCGAUUAAUACCGACCCAGAUCUAACCACGUGGAGGUUGCUAGAUGCGGAGAUUUAUGGGCUAACGGUGAUUCUACAUUUUUAUACCACUGCUACUAUUACUAUUAUUGAAAAAUCAAAGCAACGGGAUGAUUGUCGAGAAUUCACAUCACCACUAUUGAGCACGACAGGUCAUGCUUAAGCGACAAGUUACACCGGAAUCCAAGAUUGGACUCAACCGCAGCCACAAAUACUCAUGCGAGUGUCCCGGAAGUAUCCACGCGUAUACGUUAAGUAUAUUGGAGCCAAGCAUGAACUUAAUCGCACCCGAGAAUACCUACGCCUGCGUCUGCAGAUGCGCGCACAGGAGAUGUUCUUCUAUUCUACCCAAAUGGAAGUAAAGAAAUCCUUCUACAUUUCAUGUAGAAAGAUUCUUCAAGUUUCUUAUGUAAAAAUCUAAAACUUUCGAUGAUGAAACAAUCUCUUGACGGCGAAUUUGUUCCACGUCGGCAAAGAUUGUCAAUUGAUUGUUAAUUUUUGUUCCCUUAGCACUUAGUCUACGACUUCAUGUUCAUAUUUUAAGUUUAUUCCUUGCUUAAAAGGGACAAAGCGAGAAAAGAACUUUUUCCAAAAACAAAAGAAUAAAGAUUUUUCAAAAAUUUAAGACAAUUAUACCCUCGGUAAUAAGAAACUUGUCAAUAGAUUUUGUUUACUCCAAUGUGCUGCAAUGUGAAUAAUUUACCAUCAGUCGAUAAAAUAAAUUUCUAACUUAGCAUCAAUUGAAAACGUAAAUUGUUUGGUUAUUCAUUGAUGAUAAAGUAAAUUCCUGUUUUUAUCAAUCGGAUUAAUCGACCAACAUAUUCAUUUUUACUAUUGGUAAAAGUAAUGCUAUCAAUACAAUUAUUAAUUGAUGUGUUAAAAUUUUACUUACAUUUGCUCUAUUUAUCCAUUUUCCAAAAAAGAAUUGGCAUGUAUCAUUCAAUCCUUUUGUU